AUGGAUUAAAUUCAAUUCAAAACAUUGGAUGAAUUCAUCAGACUUUUUCACAAAAAAGGUAAGAUUUCUUAAUAGAUGCUUAGUUUCUUCAUUCACAAACUCUGAAAUGGUAAUAUAAUUAUAACAUUUGGCUCAUAUGUUAAGUCAAAAAUAAAUAUAGACAGAAGCUAAGAAUGAUUGCUUUUUUAAGAGAUGGAGUGAAAUAAAAUUACCUAUAAGUUUAAUAACAAUUGAUUUCAUAUCACAAUUAUUUGUUAUAUAUACCAAAGUUAAUGACAUUUUAAAAGAAGAUGUAUAUAUUUAAUUUAGAAUAGAUUUUAUAAGAUUUUAUUUGGCCUUUAAUAGUUUAUGAAUUUGAAGAGAAAAAAGUAGUGAUUGAAUAUUUCAAUAUUAUGAAAACCAUUUACAAUAAAAAGUACAGAGAUUUACUGAAAUGCUUUGGAAUAUUUGAAAUGGUCAAAUUCAUGGUAAUAUUGUCGACAAUAAUCACAGCUUAAAACAACCGAAAUAGAUGAGAUGAUUUGUUGUGAAUAACACAAUAAUAAAGAUUAGCCAAAAUAAAUCAUAAGUCAAGAAACUCAAGUAAAAAUUGAUUAAUUUGGUCUACUUAUUAAUGAAAUACUUCAUCAAAUUGUUAAUGAUUUAUCAUAAGCAACAGGCAGUAAUCUGAAUGAGUUAGAAUAAUUAUUUGCUCUAUCAAUUCAUCAAAUGCUUUCAUACUGUACAAAAGAUCACAAUUUGUGUUAAAUUUAAAAAUUGUUAAUCAUUCUUAUAGUAACUUCAAUUAUUUUAACAUUAGAGUUAAUUGCCGAAAGUCAAUGAAAAAGUGAUUUAGAAAGUAUUUCAAAACUUUGAAUCAAUCAGUUUUAUUGUACUAUUAUACAAUUCCACAACUUCUCAAGUUCUCCAAAUCUAUUGUGUAAAAUUGUUUCAAAUCAUUUCUAAUAAUAAUCCAUAGGUACCUUAAAUAUAUAUAAAGCAGAUUUUACAAUAAUUAAUUUUGAGUAUCAUUCCAUCAUCUAAAAAUAAAAAGUUUGUUUAAAAUUUGGAUUUCGAACCGUUAAUUUGUUCAAUAUUGGAAUGGCUUUUAAACAUCCCUAUUUCAAUAAAGAUAACUGAAUAUCAAAUGUUUGAUGAAAAAUUAACAUUUAGGAAUCAUGAUGUUAUGGAAUUAGUUCUUAAUUAUUUAUAUAUUUGCCAUGUAAUGAUGAAACAAUAAUUGAUUACUACAUUAUAUACACUAACUAGAAACAAUAAGGAAAAUUAAUUAUUUCUAUUAUCCAACAAACAUUUUUUGUGUACUUUUCCAAAGUUUUUAAUGGGACUUUAAGAUUAAGAACUACUUGAUAUAGAUGAGGAUUAGAAUUCAUUAUCAAAAUCAGUAUAAAUUUUUAUUAAUGCAAGAUAUAUGAUACAAGUUUAAAAUUGAUAUCAACAGUGUUUAUGAAUUAACUUCAAAAUGGCAAAAUUGAUAUGUUAUUCUAGUGGCUUAAAUUAGUUGAAUUAGAGCAAAUCAAAUAGAAAAAUGAUGAUCUUGAUGGUUUCAAAGAUGCUAGAACUCCAAUUUAAUUUAUUAGACAAAUGAUUACUUAUAUUUUCAAUAACCUUCUUAAAAGUUCCAUAUUAAAUACAUCUUAAUUGACAAAUGAAUAAUUAUGGAAAGGAUUUCAUUUAUUUAUUGCUGCUUUUUUAGCUAUUAUCUCCAAAGAUCUAAUUCAAUAAGAUUUUAAGAUAUCUAAAUUAGUAGGCAAAAAAGUAUUAUAAAGUCCGCAAAUUUUAAUGAUUAUACGUAAAUAUGUGCAUGAAUAUAGAAAUGUUUUAAAAUUCGUAAUGGAUUGACUACCAAUUUUGUUCGAAAAUAGUAUAAAUUGUUAAUUUUUUGUACAGUUAGACAAUAUCUAUGAAUUUGGAUAUUAUAAAGCCAAGCAUAAAUUUUAAAUGCAGUGAAUUUGUAAUUUGGUUAAAUCAGCUUUUCAAAAAGAUUUUGAGUAAUGAAAAAGAUAAUAUAUUUUUAAUGAGAAUAAUUUAGACACUAAUUUGUUAUUAUCAACAUUAUAUAGUGACAUAAAAUUUUGGAUAAUAAUAAUUAGAAGAGAUUCAGUAGUUAUUAAAAGCUUAUAGACAUUUAAUGUAAAGUUUGAUCUGUGGAAGUUAAUAAUUUAAGAAUCUGAAACAUAUUCCAAUGGAUACAGAAUAGUAAAUAACUUUGAGUCAUUAUUUUUACAUAGAGUCUUAGAUGAAAUUAAUAAAUUAGAUUAAAUAAAAGCUUUAAAAAGAUCAUCAUGCAUCUCAUGAUUCCUUCUUCAAUUUAUAUGCUCUUUAAGAAUUGAUUGCUUAUAUCUAACAACAAUUACAGGAAUAUUAUCUUAGUUUGUUUAAGUUAUGUCAAAUAUAUGGCAAAAAAUCAUAAAUAUUUAUUUGGAACUUUUGUUAUGAGCUUAUCAGAAUGAAGAAACAAGAAGAUGAUGUUGGAGAAUCAUGUUUUUUAACCUUUAUCAAUUAGCCAGAUAUUAUUCAUGAUAUUGUAGAGAGUGACGAAAUGAUUGUCUAUUAUUAUGAUUGCCCAAACAUUGUGAAUAUGAAACAAAAAUCACAAUUAAAAUUGAAUGAUUUGAUAAGAUGGGCAAACCUUUUGAUUUAAUAAUAAGAACAUGAAUAGAUUGUGUAAUACUAGGAAUAGUAUUCUAGAUAGAGUCAAAUUCUAUUAAAAGAUGUAACUAAGACUUUAGAUAGAUAUAACUUGAUCCAAUUAUAAAACUAUGAAAUUUUUGAAUAGGAGAAAUUAAAAUAUGAUUAAUCUAAAACAUUAUGA